AUGGCAGAGGUUCAAAGUCAGCAUGCAAUGGAUGAAAAAGCCGUCAACGCCCUCGACGCAGGCAAUGCUGAGAAGGACGCCCUUCAUGAAGUUGGCAGCAUGGAACCAGAGAUCGAUCCGCACAAGGAGAAGAUCCUGCUGGCGAAGUUGGACCUCUUCUUCGUCCCCGUCAUUAUGCUAGUAUAUCUGUCUUGCUUCCUCGAUCGCUCGAAUAUCGGAAAUGUCAAAGUUGCUGGAAUGCCGGAAGACAUUGGUGCAUCAGACCAGCAAUUUUCCACUGCUGUGUCCAUCUUUUAUGCGACCUAUGUGACAUUUGAAACGCCUCUGGCAAUCCUUCUCAAGAAGUUAACUCCUCGUCUCCUAUUGACAAGCCUUUGCGUUAUUUGGUCCUUGACAACCAUAUUCUCGGGCUUCAUCCACAACGUUGGCGGGUUAUAUGCCAGUCGAUUAGUGCUUGGUGCUUGCGAAGCCGGUCUCUUCCCUAGCCUUACCUUGUAUCUUACAAUGGUGUACCGAAGGGAGGAGCAAGCCAAGAGAGUUGCAUAUCUCUUCAGCUGCACCGCACUCUCUGGAGCCUUUGGAGGAUUACUUGCCUAUGGCUUGCUUAAGAUGGAUGGCGUAGCCAAUUACGCUGGCUGGCGCUGGGUGUACAUCAUAGAAGGUAUCUUCAGCAUGGUGAUCGCAGUCGUUGUCUGGUUUGGACUACCAACCAAUCCAGCCGAGGCUUGGUUCCUGAGUGCUGAACAGAAAGAGAUGAUGAGAAUCCGUAACCGACAGAGAGCUCAAUACAUGGGCAGUGAAAAGCUUGACUGGCAGGAGGUUCGCAUUGCCUUUAGAGAUCCCAAGCUGUAUCUCAGCGGAGCCAUUCAAUUUUGCCAGGAUAUUCUCCUGUACGGGUUCAGCACGUUCUUACCCUCAAUACUGAAGGCAGCUGGGUAUGAUACUUUGCAGAGUAACUACCUGACAGUCCCGGUAUAUUUGUUUGGUGCGGCCGCCUUCAUUGUUGCGGCGAUUAUAUCAGACAGGCUCUGUCUGCGGUCUCCCUUUGUGCUUUUCGCAAAUGUUUUUGGUAUUGCCGGCUACAUCGUCCUCCUUACAGUAUCGACUGAUGGCGUUCGAUAUUUCGCAACAUUCCUGUGUGCUGUGGCUGUUUACAACGGUCCAGGAUUGAAUGUUACGUGGAUCAACGUCAACGUGGCGCCGCAUUAUAGAAGAGCCACCACGAUUGGAUUUCAACAAACAAUUGCCAACACGGCAGGAAUUGUCGCGGGUCAAAUAUACAGGAAGGCCCCAUACAAGCUGGGCCACAGUUUCUCUCUGGGGGCAUUGUGCGUGUCACAGGUCUUGAUUGUCGUCAAGAUGUUGUACAUCAAGUGGUGGAACAUCAGAAAGGAGAAAAUCGCAAGGGGGGAAAUUGAGGACACUCGCAAGUACAAGACAGGCGACAGAGAGCUUGACUUCAAGUAUCACUUGUAG